GGAUUGAGUAAAAGAAUUGUGGAAAUGAUGAAAUGCCCGAUGGCUGACGUGGAUCUUUAAGGCAAAUAUAAAUAUUAAUUUAAUUUAAAAUUAUAUAUAUAUAUAUAUAUAUAUAUUAUAUUAUAUACGUAAUAAAUUGUGGAAUUUACGAACAACUUUUAGCUCCUUCCUCUCUCCUCUCUGGGUUUUCUAGUUUACAGCUUCGUCGGAGAUAGAGAUUUUGAAUCGGAAAUCUUAAGCAUCCAUUGAUUAAAUGACUCAGAGCUUGAAUGAUUUAAUCAGAAACAUUUUCCACACUUCCAGAUCCUAAAAUGACGCCAAGAACAAGUAGAGGUCCUAGAGCUCAGAAGUCCAGAAUUUCUUCAACUGAGGGCCCAAAUUGGGUUCUAAUUGCUGGUGGUGCAUUAUUGAGCACUCUAUCAAUUCGCCUAGGUUACAAGCUGAAACAAGCAUUUGACACUAGGCAGCUGAAGGAUAGUGGCAGUUCUUUGACAGGAAAUGCGAAGACUUCUGAAAGAAGAAAGGCUGUUGGAUGCCGUUGCUCAAAUGUAUAUUCAUUUACACGAGAUGAUGAAUGUUGCUUCAACUGUAUGGCAGGGACUCAAUGUACCACAGAUGUGAAGUGCCCACCCGCCGAUCAAAUAGUGGUUGCAUCUGAGAGCACUCUUCCUUUGGUAUUGGUUCCUGCUUCUGAGUUCAAUAAGGAGAAUGGUAUUAUUUGGGAGUCAUCUCCCGACCGGCUCGAAUUGCCUGCAAAGCAGUUCCAACAUUCCAAUUGCUCAGACUCACCUUGUGUUUCAGAUUCUGGUUCUGAUAUCUUCAGCAAGCGUGAAGUGAUUCAUAAGUUGAGGCACCAAUUGAAAAGACGAGAUGACAUGAUACUAGAAAUGCAAGAUCAAAUUGUUCACUUGCAAAAUUCUCUCAACGCCCAAGUAGCCCAUUCCUCCCAUCUACAGUCACAACUCGAUGCAGCAAACCAAGACUUGUUUGAUUCGGAGAGAGAGAUUCAAAGGCUCAGAAAAGCAAUUGCAGAUCACUGUUUGGGGCAGGUGGGACCCAAAGAUAAGUCAUCUUUGUCAGUAAGAAGUUGGUCGGGUGAGACGAGAAAUGGUCAAGCAAAUGGUUAUAUGGAUGUUAAUUGCAAUUUUGAGGCACCUGAGAUAAUAAGAGGAGAUGGGGAGAGAAUUGAGAUGUUGAAAAAAGAGGUAGGAGACUUAAAAGAUGUGAUAGAAGGAAAAGAAUAUUUGUUGCAAAGCUAUAAGGAGCAGAAGACAGAACUUUCUUUGAAGAUUAAGGAAUUGCAACAGAGAUUAGAUUCUCAACUCCCCAAUAUUUUGUAGGAUCAUUUCCAGAUUUUGUGUAUUCUUUGCUUGUCCCAUUUUCAAAUUAUGAUCUCAAUUUUUAUUCUCACCUCCCUUUUCAGUUGGUUAGUUACUAUAGGUUAGAGGUUUGAUGUGCAUUGUGUUUCAAUGGAGUGGAAAUUUGAGUAAAGCAAUGAGUGAUAUAUUUGGGGUUGAAAAGACGGAAAGGUGUAUGUCAUGCUUAUAUCUCACUAGAUGUAAUUGGCCACCUGUUCUUUCAGAAA